AUGGCUAGCCCGAGUGCUUUGCGGCCAUCCACUGGCUGCUUAUUACGAAUUGGCUCACAAUUUGCCUCCGCCCGGGCUGCCACAUUCUCAACCACAGCUCGACAGUGCAAGCGGAAGACCAAAGACAACAAUAAGAAUCGAGGCGUCAGCAGCCUAUACGGGUCAGGGCCUCGAGAGCGCCUUUCCAUGUCCGACGUGCCUCUACCUAAGCCACGCGACUUCAAACCAAAGAUUGCCGUUGACGAAAACCACGGUCUGUGGGGAUUCUUCCCCGAGUCUGGCAAGGCGCUGUGGUCGCCCAAGGAAACUGAGGAACACGGACGGGCGUGGACUGUGGAAGAGCUUCGAAAGAAGUCAUGGGAGGACCUGCAUUCUCUGUGGUGGGUGUGCUGCAAAGAGAGAAAUAUGCUCGCAACGUCCAAGGUGGAGUUGGUAAGGGGCAAGUUUGGAUUCGGCGAUAGGGAACUGGAGGCACGAGAUGACGAGGUCAGGAAAACUAUGCGAUCUAUCAAACACGCCCUGACGGAACGAUACUACACUUGGGAGGAGGCUGUGGGUGUGGCAGCGUCUGAUCCUGAGAUUGACAUGCACGCGGAAGAUGGCCAGGUCUACAAACCCUCAGCGUACGAGGAGGAUGUUGUUGAGGAGAGUUGGGCGGAAGGGAAGAGCGCGGAACAGGAGUCAGUCAAAGUCAAGGCUGAGAAGGAACCGAGCCGGUGA